AUGAAGGUUAUUUGGUUGGCGCUGUGCCUUCCAAGUGCCUUUGUCACAGCGGCCAAGUUGCCGCGGAGGACCAGCGGCCCCAGUCUCCAGCACGACCUGGUCAAGGAGGCUGCCGCCUUGGCACGGCUGGCCUCCCGAAGAGCUCAGAAGGCCCCGAAGUCGCACAAAGCCGGAACAUCUUGUCCAGACAAUCAGUUUCCGCCAGUUAACAUCACUGUUCAGGGAGUUGGCUACCUGGAAGAUGUCCUAUCUGCAGACCUCUUGGCGCAAUUGCAGACGAAUCUAGCUGGCCAUCCCGACUGGGAGAUUGGCAAACCAUGGACGUUGAGCAUGGUGGCCGAUUCUGUCGAACGCCAGAUGGACCGGAAGUUCGGCUUUGCCGGCGGAGAAGGUUUCAAUGUCUUCACUGUGAAGAAAGCACAAGUGGGCCAGCUGAUCACAGUCACCGACAAGGUCAAGACUCUAGCUGCGAACACUCGACUAGAAUAUCGUGGGCACGACCCCAUCACACUGGAGGAUGCCAUCCAUCUCACAAAUAUCUGCUUGAGGCCAAUGACCUGCGAUGCUUUCUUCGAGCAGCACAAGACAGAAUGCUUGGAUGACGACCUCUGGAAGCGGCGCAAAAACCCCGAGGAGGUCACGGGGCACACCAGGAGCAUGUGCUGCGAGCGCAUGAAGUGCAAGGAAGAGGCACCAUGCUCACCGCCGACGAUGUACACCAAAAGGCCAGACUACGACACCGCCUUUGGAAGCAAGCCUGACCAGUGCUGCGUCCCGAAAGCGUGUUCCGAAGACCUGUGCAAAUCCAGCCUUUGGGUGGCGAAGCCGGGCAACGUCUUGGGCAGCACCAAAGAUGAGUGUUGUGUCCCGCUGGAUUGCGACGACUACAAGUGCUCCGCUAAGUACGUGAAGAAGCAGAAAAGGCGUGGCCAGGAUGGCUCCCCACUCCUCAUGCAGGGGAGCACUGAUUCCGAAUGCUGCGAGCCCAUCUCAUGCAAGCACAUCAACUGCGAGGCCACGGAUGAGUGGAAGACGAACGAGAGCGCCACUGUUGGCGCAAGCCUGGAGGACUGCUGCAUUCCUCAAUUCUGCAAGCACCACAGCUGCGAGCCCGUCACAAAAUGGGAGCCGAAGCCCAAAGCAAUCCUUGGCAGCAGUAAUCCAAGCUGCUGCACGCCCAAGCUAUGCAGGGACUUCGAUUGCGACAGCGGCUUCCAGCUUCGGGCUGGUGCAGUGAUCGGUGGAAAGGGCCUCCUGGGCAGCACUCACAACGAAUGCUGCGAGAAGAAGUCCUGCCACGACUGGAAGUGCAGCGAUCCAAGCAAGUGGGUGCAGCAGGCCGAUGAGGGCAGCCGGGGCGUGGAACGCCACGGCUGGAGCGACGAGGAGUGCUGCACACCCCUCAUGUGCAGCAGCAUUGACUGCGUGCCGGAAUCGCUUUGGCAGCCCAAAUCUGCGGAAGAACUGGAGGGCCUGCUGGGCAGCACGAGCAAGCAGUGCUGCAACCCCAAGUGGUGCAAGGACUACACCUGCACAGGAGACAUUCCUGAACAGAAUGUUACCAGCACCAAGUGGUACAAGAAAGUUGAUACCAAUCACUUUCAGUUCCGGGGAAGCACGGACGAGGAGUGCUGCCAUCCGAAGUACUGCAGCGAGUACACAACGCAAUUCCCGAGCAAGUUCCGCAGGAAGCCUGAAGACCAGGAGAAGCCCAGGCUUGGGAGCACCGAAGCCGAGUGUUACGAUGAGCUCAAGUGCAGUGACUACUGCUGCAAGGGCAAAGACGUGCAGUUGAAGGAAGACGCAGCACAGCUCCUGGGAAGCACAGACGUGGAAUGCUGUGAGAAGCCAAAUUAG